AAAUGGACAACAUCAGUGAAUAAAAACAUAAACAACGCUUUUUCAUUGCACAUUAAUACACAUUUUAGGCAUAAAGUGAUACAUUUAGAGUACUUCUAAUCUCUCCUACCUUGAUGAAGCUUCUCAAACCAGAUUGGGUGCAUCACGAUGAAAAACCCAUUUUUUCCCUCGAUAUCCAUCCGGAUGGAACGAAAUUCGCCACAGGUGGACAGGGCAAUGAUUCCGGGCGGGUUGUUGUGUGGAAUCUUGCACCGGUCAUCAGUGAGAAGGCGGAAUUCGAUAAGACAGUACCGAAGAUUCUCUGUCAGAUGGACAAUCACUUGGCGUGUGUGAAUGCCGUUCGUUGGUCCCUCAAUGGGCAGUGCCUGGCUUCGGGCGGAGAUGACAAGACGGUGAUGGUGUGGAAGCGUGGCAAGGGCAGCGGUGGUGUCUUCGGAAGUGGUGGCUUUACAAAGAGUGCCGAGAACUGGCGAUGUGUCACAACACUGCGAGGGCAUGCGGGAGAUAUUCUCGAUAUUGCCUGGUCACCGCGAGACAAAUGGCUCAGCAGCUGCAGUGUUGACAAUACCAUAAUCAUUUGGGAUGUCUUUGCACUCCCCUCAAUUGUGGCCAUACUCAAGGGGCACACGGGGCUCGUGAAGGGUAUCGCUUGGGAUCCAGUGGGGAAGUUUAUUGCAUCACAGAGUGAUGAUCGCAGCAUAAAGAUCUGGAAGACAGCCGAUUGGACGUGCCAAACAACCAUUACGGAACCAUUUCAGGAGUGCGGCGGGACAACGCACAUUCUGCGGCUGUCAUGGUCACCGGAUGGGCAAUACUUGGUGUCUGCACACGCAAUGAAUGGCGGUGGACCCACAGCACAGAUUAUUGAACGUGAGGGAUGGAAGUGCGACAAGGAUUUUGUGGGGCAUCGCAAAGCUGUGAGUUGUGUGCGUUUCCACAGUUCCAUCAUGAUGCGAACGGCACCCAAGACAAAUAAAUCCCAGCAGUACUGCUGCUUGGCUGUGGGUUCACGUGAUCACUCCCUAUCAAUCUGGAUGACUGCCCUACAGCGACCGCUACUGGUGCUGCAUGAACUCUUCCAAGACAGCAUCCUCGAUCUCUCAUGGAGUUCCGACGGAUACGUCCUGAUGGCAUGCAGUGGAGACGGUACCGUGGCAUGUUUGCAGUUUAGCGACGAAGAACUGGGCACACCGCUGUCGGAGGAUGACAAGAAUGCUCUGUACCAGCGAAAGAGUGUGAGUGAUAUGAAUGCCCAAUCGGAGAAGGAUAUGAUUGUGGAGAAUGCCGAGUUUCUCGACACAAUUGGACGGGAGAAAUCCAAACAGCCGGCUUUUAUGGCCGAAUUGGAUGGUCAGAGUCGCAGCAAUAACAACAACAACAACAGUGUGGCACCACCACCAAGUCAAAAUAACGUCACCAAUCAUCAAUCUGAGGAUCAUCAUGCGGCAAAUGUCAACUUCUCCAGUGUCUCCGUGCAGUCCAAACAGGCCAUUCACAAGCAAAUUGAAACGAGAACAGCCGACGGGAAGCGACGCAUCACACCAAUGUUCAUCCCAAUGAGUCAAGAUGCCACUGAAGCCAAUACCGUUGAACUCAACAGCAGCUCACGCAAUUCCACAUCGAUUGUCAUUGAGAAGCUCACAGAAGAGCAAGAAGUGGCUCCUGCGAGGUUAUCUCUGCACACAGCAGCAGCCCCAGAAGGUCCCCGUGGCGAUGCUCUUGAUUCGCGACUCACAAAGAGCACAUUGGCGCCGGCAAAAACAGCCUCCCUGGAAAUGGAUGCGAGAAAACCGGCGCCGAUGCCACAAACAACCAAACCCGAAGCAACCAUCAGCAUCUCACGAACUCUCACAGCGGGUCGCCCAGAGGCCAUUGCGGGUAAUUUUGUGCGAACAGUUGGGGAUUUACGUGUCCAGGUGACAAAUGCAGCUGUAAAAUCCCCCUUUGGGGUACUCUCGCGGAUCUUCUGUUGCCCCACGGCUACCCCCACGAAGAUUGCGUGGGAGAUGUUUGUGGGCAGUGCUGUGGUGAAUUGUUCAGCCUGCUCAAAGCACGUCAUUGCCUGUAGCUCCGAUGGGACAGUUCGCUUCAUCAAUGUACGCACAGGAACACUCACACUGCCCAUCAUUAAUAUGCCAACGGCCAUUGUUCAAAGCGCAUUUAACUUUUCAGGAGAUCUCGGUGGAGUUGUGUCGGAAUGUGGUCAAGUACGCGUGUGGAAUUUGCGUGAACAAUCAGUGGUUGUAUCGACAAAUUGUACGGACCUCCUACGCGGGGGUACCGUUAAAAUGCUGACAAUUACAGAUCAGGGGCUACCAUUUGUCCUCAUCUCCAAUGGGUGUGCGUACACAUUCUCAAAGAAUUUAGAGAGCUGGCUCGUGGUCAAUUCGAAGGAUACGCUGAAUCAGCGGAAUUUAAUCAAGUACAAACCACCAGCGAGUACAGUGCAAAAGAAUCUGCGCACAUACCCCAUUAUGGCUGUUCAGGGGGCUGCACACUCCCUCCUGCCGGCCUCAAGUAGCUUUGUCAAUGUCACGGCAACAACGUGGGAGAAUGUUAGUCAGUUCACAUUUAUUGAGAACCAAAUUCAGCUCUGUGAGACCAUCCAGUCACCGGCUGAGCUCAAGUAUUGGUACUCUGCUCUGGGUUUCCAUCUAGCACACCAUGGUACUGAACAAAGACUGAGACUUACACUUGAUGAUCUCCUCGGAUCUGUACAUUCCACCACAAAUGCAGACAUUUUGGGUAUCAGCAAGUUGUCCCUUCUGGACAUAGUUCUGGAAAAUUUAAAAUCCCAACCCAAAUGGCAACGUAUCUACAUGGAAUACACAGAGCAGCUCAGUAAUUUGCGACACAUAAAGAAUAAUACGCCGAAAUCACCACCAGCUCCACCGGCUCCUGCUCCGGGGAAUCCACCUGGGAAGCCACCACCCAUGAAGCCCGGCAUACCACCCGCACCACCCUGGGCAGCUCCCAAUUUCUCCAAAAGCACAAUGGUGGAAAAGGCACCAGAUUUCAUUGAUGUUACGGAUGUGCAAUUUAAGUUGCAAAAUAAGGUGCGAAUCUUCACGGGAGAUUCCCCGGCAAAGCCAAAUUGCCAACUAGUGGCUACAGCGAGUGCCUUUGGAUUGGUUUUUGUGGCAUCUCCACUACCUGAACUCAAAGUAAUUCAGCUAUCAACAAUUGCUGGGGAGAAGCUUCCGGGAGAAUGUGGACCAACGCGGACAAUCCCCCUUCCCAGUGAAGCUGUACAGAUUGCUGUGAAUUGCGACAAUACUCUCCUAGCUGUGGAUGUGGUAAUCAAUGGGAUUACAAUGAUUGCCUUGUAUGCUGUACAAUCCUUCUUGUCGAAUCAAGUGAAGGCAUUCCAGAGUAUACGUCUUUCACCCGACAAUGGGAUUCGUUCGAAGCAACUCGCCUGGAAUCCCACAAUUCCGGGAGUUUUGGCUGUUUGUCUCGAAAAUGGGGCACUGUCGAUGUUUGUGCUGAAAGAGCAGGGAUUUGAAUUUCAUACAGUUGAUAAGAGUCAGGCAAUCUCAUGUGUUUGCUGGAGCCCCAAAGGGAAACAAAUUGUUGCAGCUUGUCCCAAUGGGAAGUUGAUUCAGUAUAAGCCGGAAUUGAAGCCAAUCCGGGUGAUUGAUUGUCCCCUUGAGGGUGGCCAAAUGGUCGCCAUAUCUAUUCAAUGGCUCUCCACGUACCAAUUUGCCGUGGCUUUUGCCCCAAUCGGUGAACCAGCUCCACCUAAUCUCUACAUUGUAAAUGCACCGAAAAACGGGCAGAUUUCCUGCGUAAAUUACGAAGAUAUUUGCUACAGUGGCUCAGGGCCAAGGCAGACACAGGUGUAUCUCAUUCACAUCCUUCCGUGGAAUACGCUUCUCGUGGCAUCUGCCAAUAGCAUGGAAGUAGGUGUUUUGGCAACAAAUGAAGGUGGAGAUGCACCAGUUUGGCGGCAGUGGUGCAUGCUGGAUGAGGCACGUGCGGAAUUACCAUUGACGGCGAAGAAGCAGGAAAGCUACCCAAUUGGCUUUGCCCUGGAGACAGGGUGUACGCAUCAAUUGACAAUUGGUGAAGUUGAAAUGCCCGUAAUGCCCAUGAUUCAUCUCCUCUCCACCGAUGGGGUCUUGGUGUCAUUUAAUAUUCUCAAUACCAUCCCCAAUAUUCCCGGAAUUUGCUCUCCACCGCGUCCUCUGGCCGAUACAUCGGGUUUGGGGGAAUUUGUCAUCCCAGCAGCAGCUCCCAAUUCCCAGAAAUCCCAGCCUACUGUUCAAACUCAGACAUCUGUUGCAUCACCACCUACUUCUUCUUCGGGGAAGGACAGUGAGAUUAGUUUUUCCCUUCCUGGCGGGGCAACAUCAACACCACUUGUUCAGCCAAAAGCGAAGGGACUCUUUGGGAAUUCUGAGGCAUUUAAGGCACCAACAAGUGCCUUUGGGGGUUGGAAUCAACCACCUGCACAGGCCAACAAAGCACCCCAAGUCCUUGGGAGUACAGAGAAUCUCCCCAAGACGAUGCCUUCGACAAUUUUCGGAGGAUCUCUCGGGGGAAGUGCAGCAGCACCUUCAUCAUUUGGAAGUUUAGCAAAUACCGCAAAAGCUAAUGCAGCUGUUGCAACGAAGCCAUUGUUGGCUAAACCCCAACCAGCAUUGCCUUCGACAGAGCAGCAGGAUAAGCCCUUCAUCACGGUUCCACCGAAUUACUCCGCAAGUCAGGCAGGAGCGCAAGAAAGGAAGCCCAUGGCAAAAGCUUCCGUCAUCCCGUUGGAUGAUGAAAAUAAUGCGGUAAUUCAGAGAAUGAUGAUGGAUGAAGUGCAGGCAUUUGAGAAGGAUCUUCGGGAUUUUAUGAGACAUUCUCAGAAUAUUGAUACACAAAUUGGAAGUCAGGAAACCCUCACGAGCAUGACGAAGCAGCUGCGUGAAUUGACAGAUCUCACAGUUCAAGCAACAGAGAGCAAUGAUUCCCUGAGUGCGGACGUACGGAGUCUCACAAUGUCCCUCAAUGAGGCCUUCAUGAUGUCAGCUGAGGCAAAGAGUAAGUGGGAUGUGGUGCAAAAUCCAACGUAUACAAAUAUGAAUCUCCGCAGUGCUGCCAAUCAGACCAAUAGGAGGCAGCUUAGCAAGUUGCAAGCCAUGCUGACCAACAAUCGUGUUCAUCUUGAGGAGAUUAAUAAGCAAAUUGACAGUAUGUGGGUAUUGCAUGAGGAGGAGAAGAAGCAGUACAAGAAGGAUCGGAUGCAUGUGCCAAAAAUGGAAGUUAUCUACCAAACAAUAAAUGUUCAACGGGAAAUUUUAAUGGGGCACCAGAAGAGACUCAAUGAGAUUAGGGCAAAGCUCGAUAUGAAGCUCAAUAGAAAGCCACAAAUUAGUCUUCAAGAUGUUGACUCUCUGUCUGAUUCAAUUGUUUCUCUGGCAUUAGUUGAGCACAUUGAGGCUGAAACACGAAAACUCGGCCCACCGAAGAUGAAGAAACUGCAGGAAUUGCUGCGAAAUCAUGCCGUGAGGACAAUUCAUCCAAAACGUCCAGAACGCAAAGGGAUCAAGUCGGAGAUUGUCUAUGAGAAACGUGAGGCAGCAGCGAGAGCAAAAACACUGCAAGGAAGUGAAGCGAAAGUUCAGCAGCAACAAAUUCCAGCACAACCGGCUUUCUCAUUUGGCAGCGGUGCUGUGAAUCCAACUCAACCAGUGAGGGUAGUUGCGGAGCCUCCUAAAGUCACAUCUGCAACACGACCCGUUGCAAAGGCCAAACAAGUCAUUGCUAAACCCACAACUGAUGCUAAACCCAUCCCGUUAAUGUCAAAAGCAGGUGCCUUUGAACCUGGAAAAGUUUUCACGUCAACAGCUCCGGUGGCGUUUGUUGAGCCAAAAACGGAGAUCAAUAGAAGUUUUGUUUUUGGCGCUGCAAAGGGUGAUACGGAGGAGAAUAAAGCGCCCGCGCAGCAGCCAGAUGUGGGCUUUGGACUUAAAUUUUCACAGCCACAGGCAGUGCCAACAAAACCAUCAAUUGCCAGUCCAACAGUUGCGGCUCUCCUGACAAAACCUUCAGUUGCAAAUGAAAAUGCCCGAAUGGAUGAAAAGUCUGCAGAACAGAAGACGGCAUCAUUUGCUUUUGGCACACAAAAAUCACCUCUUGGUGUUUUCAAUCAAGCCAACAAAAGUGGAUUUAACGUGUUUUCUCCGCCGUCUAUUGGUGCAUCUGUUUCCGCAGUGGCAACUUCGACAACAAGCAGUAUCUUUAGUCAACUCGCACAAGCUCCAAAUGCAACAGCUUCUACAUCAAUAUUCAGUGGUUUAUCUUUUGGAACACCGUCAAAGAAUGAUAAACAAUCAACAGCAGGAAUUGCACCCACUUUGGCUAAAGGAUCAGUUGUUGGAACUGAAGCAGAUUCCACAAGUUCAGCCGCAACAACAACUCCCGUGUCAAAGCAAACGGAAGAUGGAAAGAAAGAACUUCCCGGAUUUAAACUUUCUUUCCCCCCAUUGACACCAAUGACAAAGGAAAGCACCGUAGCACCGCCAUCAAUUGCACCUUCUGAAGUAACCGUUACAACAACGACAACAACAACAACUUCAUCAACCUUCGAUGCAGAUAGUAUUUUGAAGAAUCUAUCUUUCUGCAAACCGAGUGUUGCGGAAAAAACUACAGAUACAAAGUCAUCAUUUGUAUUCUCAAUUGGUGGACUUGGUGGCUCUGAUACAGCAACAACGACAACUGCGUCAAUUUUCUCUUCGGGUACAAAUUCAUCAGCUGCUACAGGGGCUACAUCUAUUUUUGGGGGAAUAUCUUCUGCUGCUACAACAACAACUGCUUCUGCAUUUGGUGGAAUAUUAACUUCAGUACCUACAACGGGUUCGAUUUUUGGUGGAUUAUCUGCUACUGCUACGACAACUGCUUCAAUUUUUGGUGGAUUAUCUACAACUGCAGCAACAACAACAACAACAGCUUCGGUAUUUGGAGGUGCAACAACAGCUUCAGUAUUUGGAGGUGCAACAACAGCUACAUCAGUCUUCGGAUCUCCUAAAGCAACAACAACAUCAACAACAACUUCAGUGUUUGGAUCUCCUGCAACAAUAACAACUACAACGGCUGCAUCAGUUUUUGGAUCUCCUGCAGCAGGUGCAUCUUCCUUGGUAAUUACACCAGUAUCAACAUCAGGCGUUGCAGCAACAACCACAAUUGCAUCAAAUUUAGCACAGUCGCCAACAGCAUCUGUUCAAACAGCAACAACAACUUCCAGUGAACCCUUUAAGCUUUCUUUUGGAUCAAUGGCAAUUUCAUCAAGUACAGCACCUACAGCAGCAGCCCAAACAUCUCCACCAUCGGGAUUUUUCAGCACAACACAAGCCACGACAACUGCUGCAAGCCCCUUUGCCAGCACCCUUACAACAAGUUCAGCUUCACCGGCAAGUCCUUUUGGCACAUCGGCAGCAACUACAGCCACAGCGAGUCCUUUUGGGGGAAGUGGUGGGAGUAUUUUUGGUGCAUCUGGUGGCUUUCCGCAGGCCCAAACAGGUGAAACAGGCUCCGUCUUUGGGAGUCCAGCAACAAAAGAAACGUCCUCGAGUAUUUUUGGUGGAGCAAGUGCUUUUGGGCAGCAAACAUCCGCAUCGCCGGGAAGUGUUUUCGGUGGUGGUGGUGCAACAUCGAGUUCUACUACUGGAAGUAUUUUUGGUGGAGCAUCUCCAGCUACGUCCACUCCAUCCGUAUUUGGGGGUGCAUCUGUUUUUGGGGGGGCACAGACUGCAGCACCUCCACAACAGCAGGGACAGGCAUCAAUUUUUGGUGGUGGAGGAAUGGAUUCCAAUUCAUCGACAACUUUUGGGGGAUUUGGGCAGCAGCAGCAGCAACCGCAGCAGGAGCAACCGGGAGGCUCCAUUUUUGGGGGUGCCUCAACAUUCGGGCGAAGUUCCUUUGGAUCAAAUUCCGGGGCUUUUGCACAGGGUGGCCCAUCUGUGGCUGAAUCUGGAUUUGGAUCUCCAACAUCGAGUGUCUUUGCAAAACCAACACCUGCUUUUGGGGCUUCUCCUACUUUUGGGGGUCCACCCACAUUUGGGACGUCACCAACCUUCGGAGGAGCAGCAACUUUUGGCUCACCCAUAAAAUCUUCUGGGUUUGGAUCAUUCUCAAACAAUGCAAAUUCCUUUUCAUCUCCGCCGGGGCAACAGAAUAACUUGUUUGCGGCACUCGGUUCGUCAGACACAGGAAUGACUUUUGGAAAUUUGGCCCAGAACAAUAAUGCAAAUCAGCCUAAAAUGCAAUUUGGCGGUUCUGCCUUUUCUACGUGGCGCCAGUAAAUUUGUCCAGGAGGAAAAGUUUUUCUUUUAGUUUUUCCUAUUAAAUAAUGUCAAAUAAAGAAAAUUUAAUUGAAA